CUAGAUGUUUGUUUUUUUUUUGUUGCGAAUUUCUUUGAAUGAUAGCUGCCUUAAAAUGUUUUCGCCCCGUUCUUGCCGCACACAGAUUGUUCUGCGCUAAUCCCGGCAAGGAGAUGAAGUUCCUCAACGUGGCGGAGAAGAACGAUGCCGCUAAAACGAUUGCCGGCUUGCUUUCCAAUGGCGCCGCUCGGAGGCGUGAGGGCUACUCAGUGUACAACAAAGUGUAUGACUUCGAGGCACCUGUGCGCGGUCAGAAUGCCAAAAUGGUGAUGACCUCCGUAUCCGGUCACCUGAUGCAACUGGAGUUCAUGGUGUCCUUCAAGAACUGGCGAACAGUGGAUCCAAGCGCCCUGUUCGAUGCUCCGGUGAAGAAGACCGUGGGCGGGGACUACGAGCCUAUCAAACGGACUUUGGAGCGGGAGGUGCGCGGCUGCCAGGGAUUGAUUGUGUGGACGGAUUGCGAUCGCGAGGGUGAAAACAUAGGCUACGAAAUCAUCAACGUGUGCCGGGCCAUUAAGCCAAACCUCACGGUCUACCGCGCCAGUUUCUCGGAGAUCACCUCGGUGGCGGUGCGACGGGCACUCCAACAACUGGGCCAGCCGGACAAGAGGCAGAGCGAUGCGGUGGAUGUGCGCACGGAACUGGAUCUACGCACGGGAGCCGCCAUCACACGGUUCCAGACCAUGCGCCUGCAGCGACUGUUUCCCGAGAAGAUCGCCGACAAGCUCAUCUCGUACGGUAGCUGUCAAAUUCCCACCCUAGGAUUUGUUGCCGAGCGCUACAAGGAGGUGGAGGCCUUUGUUUCGGAGCCCUUUUGGAAGAUUAAGGUUCUGCACACCAUUGAUGACCUUACGGUGGAGUUCAAUUGGGCCCGAAACCGUCUCUUCGACAAGGAAGCCUGUGAGAACCACCUGCUACUCUGCCUGGCCGAGCCAGCGCCUCGGGCGCUUGUCGAGAGCGUUACGGUGAAGCCCAAACACAAAUGGCGACCCACUCCACUGGACACCGUAGAAAUGGAAAAGCUCGGCUCAAGGAAACUCAAGCUUUCGGCCAAGGAGACGAUGACCAUUGCGGAGAAACUGUAUAGCAAGGGUUUCAUCAGCUAUCCGCGCACGGAAACCAAUCAGUUCUCCAAGGAGUUUGAGCUGGCGCCACUUGUUGAGAUGCAAACGGGUCACCGCGACUGGGGAGCCUUUGCUCAGCGCGUAGUGGAGUGGGGCCCAAAUCCCCGCAACGGCAAUAAGUCGGAUCAGGCGCAUCCCCCCAUUCAUCCCACUAAGAUGGCGGACAAUUUGCAGGGAAACGAGGCUCGAGUCUACGAACUAGUAGUCCGACAUUUCCUCGCCUGCGUCAGCAAGGAUGCCGUUGGCUCCGAAACCCUUGUCCACAUUGACAUUGCCGGCGAGAAGUUCACGGCCAGCGGUUUGGUCAUUCAUGAGCGCAACUACCUGGACGUUUAUGUGUAUGACAAGUGGAGCGCCAAGCAGAUCCAUCACUAUGAGAACGGGCAGCGCUUCGAGCCCAGUGAGGUGUCUCUCCACGAAGGAGCCACCACGGCCCCGCCCUUGCUGACCGAAGCGGAUCUGAUUGCACUCAUGGAGAAGCACGGAAUCGGCACGGAUGCCACACACGCUGAGCACAUAAACACGAUAAAGGAGCGUGGCUAUAUCGGGGUGCUGGACAAGGGCUUCUUGGUGCCUGGCGUCAUAGGAAUGGGUCUUUAUGAGGGCUACGAUGCCAUGGAACUGGCUCUGGCCAAGCCCAUGCUGCGGGCGGAGUUUGAAUCGGACCUGAAACUAAUUUGCCAGGGACAGAAAGAUCCAAAGGCUGUGCUCACCGAACAGAUAGCCAAGUACAAACAGUCCUACCGCCAGAUCACCGAGAAGAUCACCGCCAUGGAUGCCAAGAUAGCGGCUCGCAUCAAUGAGACGCCUGCUGCUGCUGAUCCUUCGGGAUCAGAUGCUAACGGCCAGAGCCAAGCCACAUUGCAGACGCUCUUCCAGUGCCCAAAGUGCGAUCAGGCACCGCUCGCGCUGAAGGCCAAGAAGAACCAGCAAGGCUGGUUCAUAGGCUGCACCAACUUUCCCGACUGCAAGAACGUGGUCUGGAUCCCAGCCGAAUGCAAGGAUGUGUCCGUGCUGGACGAGUGUUGUCCCACCUGCGGAGCUGGCCACCGAAUGCUAAAGUUCCGCCUGAGCACGCCCUACUAUCGCGGAGUGUUUAACUCGCCACACGGCUGGUACAAGACCUGCCUGCCCUGCGAUAAUCUCUUUCGCACCACCUUCAACAUCAACUUGGAUUCGGUGAAGAGAGUGGGCGGCAUUGUGGGCGAGGCGAGAGGUGGAGGCUGGGGUCCUGGGCCAGGACCAGGAGGAGGUGGUGGCGGCUCAGGAGGAGGAGGUGGUGGCGGUUCUGGAGGAGGAAGCGGUGGCGGUUCAGGUGGAGGAGGUACCGGCUCUGGAGGAUGGGGCAGUGGCGGAGGUCUUGGAAAUCCCUCAGCACCAAAGGGCAAUAAACCUGGCAACGGACCGAAAAAACCAGCAGCCAAGAAACCACCAAGUGAACCCAAGCCGAAAAAGGCUCCGAAGGCCACUGCCAAAAAAGACCCAAGCAGCAAAUCUUCGGGCAGCAUUCGCAGCUUCUUUACCAGUGCAGCCUCUACAAAUUCACCCAACAGCGCAAUGGAUGGAUUCUUCGAUAGUAAUGAUGGCUUUGAAGAAGCCAUGUUGGCUGCGGCCGACUCCGUGGAAUCAGACAAAGCCCAAUCGAGAACUUCCAACAUGGUGCCACUGGAUGAUGACAUUGCAGCCGCCUUUGCUGCGGACGAUGAUGCUGAGUUUGAGGCUUUGGUGAACGGAGGAAAUACCCAGGGUAGCUUCCAUCAGGACGAAAACUUGGACAUGAGUCUUUCGGAAUGGAUGCACGAGCAGGACAGAGCAGAGGAGAGGCCCAUGACGUGGGGAAGUCGGGGACGGACAGCUUUUGUCUCAGCUUGUCCCACUCCUCCCCCGAAACCAGCAGCUAAAAGAGCCAGGUGGGACAAUGACGAAUGGGAUACUCCACCCACAUCAUCUGGCGAGCCGGAAACAGUGCUGUGCUCCGGAUGCCAGCAGCCAGCUCGCCAGCGCACCGUGCGUAAGGAUGGACCCAACCAGGGCAGGCACUUCUACAAGUGCCCCAAAUCGGAUGAGUGCAACUUCUUUCAGUGGGCCGAUGAGCCAGCAUCAUCCUCAUCGAGGAGCGGUACUUCGUUUGGCAGUGCUGCCCAGACUGCAACCAGUACCUCCUCUUGGGGCAGCAAUCGCGUGGCCACCCUGCCCAGCAUUCAACAGAACCGCUCCCAGCAUGGCCAAUCGUCCAUGCGAUCCAACUCCAGCAGCACUGUCACCAUAACUCAGACGAAAACGAAAAAGCAGGAGAGGAACGCCAAGACCUCGAAUCCAGACGAUGGCGAGGAGGUGAUGUGCACCUGCGGUCAAGUGGCAAGCAGGCUGACCGUGCGGAAGGACGGACCCAAUCAGGGAAGACCAUUUUUCUCCUGUCCCACAAGGGAAAAGUCCUGCGGCUUCUUUAAAUGGGGCGAUGAAGACCAAAAUCAAGGUGCCAGCAGCAGUUCCAGUUCUGCUUGGGGAUCAUCUAAUCGGAAUGCAGCCGGACGCAGUCAACCCACUGCUGCCACAACCGAUGGACCAAAAUCCCGUCGCUGUGGUCUCUGUCGUCAGGAGGGACACACCAGAAACAAGUGUCCGCGCAAGAAUGACUUUGAUAUGUAGUCGCAGUACAAACCAAGUGCCACAGAAAAGAUUUUUAAGGAACAUACAGAUAUGUAUUUUUAUGUACAUUGUAUAUAACGUUAUUAAUACAGUUGUUUUUUAAAAAGUAUAUUGAGUUUGGCAGAAAGCUGUAAAAAAUUAAUUUUAAAAUAUUUUCAUUUUUAUUUUAAACCAAUAUGAUGUUAAGUUUCCACAUUUUGAGAUGAUUUUGUUAAACCCGCAACAGAAAAUAAACAUUUGUCAACUGAAUAUCAAA